AACUAAUUUCGCACAAUGUUUCGCUAUUUGCUUGCGCUUAUUUCUUUGAGAGCGGUCUUCGCGGGUCCGUUGACCGAUGAACAUACAGCAGGUCGUAUUGUUAACGGUAAAGAAACUACAAUAGAAAGUCGUCCCUACCAGGUAUCAUUGCAGCAAGUUGGAAACGGAAGACGUUUCUGCGGUGGAAGCAUAAUUAGUGAGAAUAUUGUGGUAACAGCCGCUCAUUGUUUACAAGGUGUCAAGCCUUCUGAAUUGCAAGUACGUUUGGGCUCUACAUAUUAUAAUGAGGGCGGACUAUUAGUGGGUGUUAAAGCUUUGAAGUACCACGAAAAGUUUGAUCCCAAACUUGUGAUAUACGAUAUAGCCAUUGCUAAAUUGGAUAAAUCCAUUAAGGAAUCAUCGACUGUGCGUUACAUUGAAUUGACAAAAAAAGUUCCAAAGACGGGCACAUCUGCGGUUGUAUCUGGUUGGGGUACCAAAUGUUUCAUGGCUUGCGAUCUUUCUCCCGUUCUGAUGGAAGUAGAAGUCACUUUUCUGGAACGUAAAGACUGCGCUUCUCCAACUUAUCUGUACGGUGAAAAGAUCAAAGAAACAAUGGUAUGUGGUUAUGCUAAAGAAAAGGACUCUUGUCAAGGUGACUCCGGUGGUCCUUUCGUCGCCGAAGGUAAACUGGUCGGUGUUGUAUCAUGGGGACAAGGUUGUGCGUUGGAUGGAUAUCCAGGUGUCUAUGCGGAUGUAGCCGCUCUGCGCGAUUGGGUACUAGAUAACUCUCAAAAAUUGUAAACUAAGUUGAGAAAUGUUGCAAAAGUGGACCGAAAAAAUGCAACUGUUCUAUUAAUUAGUAUAAGUUUCAUAAUAAUAUAUUUCGUUCAUAUUUAUGAUAGACUACUCACUCAUACUAUCAAAAAUUUUAAUCUUCACUUUCAA